AUGGCGCAGCGCCGCACAGACGGGGCGCAGCUGCGCGAUUUCGUAGCGGAGGACAAGUGCUGGAAAAGAUACAUUGAAAGCGAACUAGAAGUUGCAAGAAAGUGGUCUCACAAAUGGGGAUUCUUGAAAACACCUCCAGAGUUGAUUGAAGAUGAAAAGAAAGAAAAAACAAAACCCAGGAUACAGCUCCCAAAACAUCUGCAGAUUCGACCUGUGACCCCUGUGGAAAAAUAUAUUAAGGUGAAUCCAUCUCCUCCAGUACCUACAACUACCCAGGGAUUUAUCGGCUGGAGAUCAUCUGUUCCUGGGCUGGAACUCGAACGUUGUUUUGAAAUCCAAAGCAGCAAAGGUACCUUUUUCAAGGAUUUGAAGUGGCCAUGUGAGCCCUCUGACUGACAUUAAGAAAUAACAAUUAGGCACAUAGAUCCAUUUGUGUUCCUAAAUUAACAUUCUCUACUGGACUGUUAAGCAUUUAUCCUUUCAAAUUAUCUAUCUAAACGUCCACAGUCAUUUUGGUAACGUGUGAACAGUGAACAUCUUAAUAAAGCAUUUUACUUGUUGCUCAUUUUUUUGAAAUCUGUAGCAUUCAGGCUGUUAAUACUGCUUCAGAUAAAUUUAGAAGCAACAAUGAAUAAACUCAUGCAAAUAUAAGAGAGCAGGUACUACUUUUGUUAGCGUUAGUAACUGUAUGAUUUUAAAAUAUUUAUUGAAAGUUUUUAAAAAACCUGUUUUGAAAUGGCAGAGCACUUUUUGUUUUUUAAAUUGUUUCUCUGUGAAAGCCUCCACUCAGACGCAGUUUCACAGCAGCUUAUUCAAACGUAGAUACAGACUGUCAUGCUCUUGACAUGUUCCUACACUGCUGCUUAUUCCAUCACUUACCAGUAUUGGAAUCUGUGUUGUAGAAUUGGUUUUCAGUCAGAUCAGCACUUUGAAUGAGCUCACUACUGAGUUGCUCACAUGCCUGUGCUAGCAUGAAAGAGACUCCUUUGCAAAAGAAAGGGAUGGGAAGGGGCAGAGGACAGUAGCAGGCAUGACUUAAACUGGCUCAAGUUGCCAUGAAACUGCACCCUUAUAUUUGGAAAGAAGCUUUCCUCAUUAAAA